ACCAACUCCGGAUUAUGUCCAUCACGUCACUAAACUUCAUUUAAUAACUAUAUGCCUGUUAAGUAGAAGAUUUUAAUUGUUAAUAGCAUUAUAUUGUCGUUUUAAUAUGGAACACGUACACAUACGCGAAACGUCCAAAACUGGUGUUCGAAGUGGUAAAAAUAUUAGUGUGCGAUGUUGUCAAUGUACGGAGUGUUUUGUAUCCACAACAACAACCACAGCCAUCACGGCCGGGUUCAGACAUCUCUCAAGACUCCUGCAGUCGUCAACAGGGAAACACCUUCCACCAAACUACGUCUACCAUAAAGAACAUAUUGUCCGGGUGUGAUUUGUCUCGCGUCCACGUCAUCAUAACGUACACGCCGUUAUCGGCGUUCUUCUCACACCACAAGCUCCUAUUGUCUUCAGAAGACUGACACCUGCACUGCCACCACCCAUUAGGCUGAGAGCUCAUGUGUGUCAACAAUGCUGUGUACAUGAUAGUGUGAGCAGUGUCAUGAAGCACAUCACUGUCAGAUAGACUGCAUAUACAUCAUAGUGUGAGCAGUGUCAUGAAACACAACACUGUCAGAUAGACUGCUUAUACAUCAUAGUGUGAGCAGUGUCAUGAAGCACAACACUGUCAGAUUGACUGCAUACAUAUCAUAGUGUGAGCAGUGUCAUGAAGCACGACACGGUCAGACACGACACUACAGUGUCACGACACGACACUACAUACAUGGUGGUUGUCAUCAGCAGUGUCAUGAAACUCAUUACAGUGUCAGAAAAACUGUACUACAUGAAUUUGGGUAAGACAUUAUCUUGAGCCAAUUUCAACAUCCUGAUUGUUACAUCCACAUCCUCAACAUCCUGUGGAUGGAUGUUUACUCAACUCUUUCAGAUAUUGUCAUGUGUUUCCUUAUCACCCAUUGCAGUAAACACACUUUAAUCCAAAGCACUCUACAUUCAUGUCUCUAUGUAUGUAUGGGUGAGUACAUGUAUUUAUCAACACCUCAUGCACUAUGGCACCAUGGUAAUAGAUAUAUUUGUAAUAAGGUAUCUCUCAGUUCUCUGGUUAUAUAUAUAAUAAGACACUCAGUUCUGUGGUUAUAUUUAUGAUAAUAUAUCCCUCAGUUCUGUGGUUAUAUUUAUGAUAAUAUAUCCCUCAGUUCUGUGGUUAUAUUUAUGAUAAUAUAUCCCUCAGUUCUGUGGUUAUAUUUAUAAUGAUAGAUCCUAUAGUUCUGUAGUUUAUUUAUAAUAAGGCUUACCUUAUUUAUGUGGUUAUAUUUAAAAUAAAACAUCUCAGUGUAGCAAAAUAUAUAUAUAUUUAUAUUUAUAUAUAUAUAUAUUUUUCUAUAGAAGUGAUACAAUGACAUUGUAAAAUCUUGGACAAACUUGCCACAGUGCUUGUUUUACAUAUUUACAAAGUUUUACAUGCACUAAAUCUCCUGCUGGCAACUACAUGUGGAGGAAUACAUAUGUACUGUUUUUGUUUUUUUUUCACUUGAUAACUCACAGGGCAUAUUGUAUAGUAUAUUUUAAGUCUAGCAUAUUUUAAAAUAUGAUAAGCACAAUAUUUUACUAUUUAUGAAUCAACAAUACCAUCAAUUUACAUAACGAAUUUUCCAUUCUCGUAUGUCUUGACAAUUCAUUUGCUUUAUAUAUCUACCAAAUUGGAUUUUUUCCUGUUGCUUAUUUUAUAUUCUGGACUAUCUGUUGACAACAGAGGUACCACUAUAAUCUGGUUGCAAUGUUGUAACGUGUGUUACACUAUUUAACAUUUCGAGCUAUCUGUUGAGAACAGAGGUACCACUAUAACCUGGUUGCAAUGUUGUAACUUGUGUUACAAUAUUUGAUAUUCCAGGCUAUCUGUUGACAACAGAGGUACCACUAUAACCCGAUUGUCUCUGCUGGCUACAAUGUUGUAACUUGUGUUAUUUACACAUCCCAAAAUCCAAGUGUUUGGGAUCUUUUAACAUUUCCUUUCAUAAUAUACAAAAACUGCCUUUUAAAAAACCAUGUCAUGAAUAUGUGUUACUUAAAAUUUUCUGUAAUAUUUAUAAAGCAUACAAGAAUUUAUUCAUAAUAAUAAUAAUAAUAUUGUCAACAAGACUAAAGUAAUCAAAUGUAGUAAAUAUCAUUAGAUAAUAAUACUUAGGUUUUUGGAUCAACUAGCUUUAGAGAUUUAUAAAUUUAAGUAAACUGUACAAAUGUUUCUUCAAAAGAAAAAUAUAAUCAGUGUUGAAUGUUCAAAAAUAUUAAAGUAAAACGUCCCAUAUAGUAGCCUACAAAAAAUGUACAAAGAAAAAAUCUGUGUUAAAUAUUCAUUGUCUAAAACUAUGUUCAGACAUACUCCAAAGCUAAAUAUGAAUGCCCAUUCAGGAGAGAAACCGUAUCACUGUUCAGAGUGUCUAAAAGAUUUUUCAACAAAAUCAAAUCUAAUAUGUCACAUGAAGAUUCAUACAGGAGAGAAACCAUAUCAGUGUUCAGAGUGUCUAAAAGAUUUUUCAACAAAAUCAAAUCUAAUAUGUCACAUGAAGAUUCAUACAGGAGAGAAACCAUAUCAUUGCUCAGUGUGUGUAAAAGAUUUUUCACGAAAAUCACAUCUAAUAUGUCACAUGAGGAUUCAUACAGGAGAGAAACCAUAUCACUGUUCAGAGUGUCUAAAAGAUUUUUCAACAAAAUCAAAUCUAAUAUAUCACAUGACGUUUCAUACAGGAGAGAAACCAUAUCACUGUUCAGAGUGUUUAAAAGACUUCUCAAAAAUAUCAGCUCUAAAAUCACACAUGAGGAUUCAUACAAGAAAGAAACCAUAUCAGUGUUCAGAGUGUCUAAAAGAUUUUUCAACAAAAUCAAAUCUAAUAUGUCACAUGAAGAUUCAUACAGGAGAGAAACCAUAUCAUUGCUCAGUGUGUCUAAAAGAUUUUUCACGAAAACCAAAUCUAAUACGUCACAUGAAGAUUCAUACAGGAGAGAAACCAUAUCACUGUUCAGAGUGUCUAAAAGAUUUUUCAACAAAAUCAAAUCUAAUAUAUCACAUGAAGUUUCAUACAGGAGAGAAAGCAUAUCACUGUUCAGAGUGUCUAAAAGACUUCUCAAAAAUAUCAGCUCUAAAAUCACACAUGAGGAUUCAUACAGGAGAGAAACCAUAUCACUGUUCAGUGUGUCUAAAAGAUUUUUCAAGAAAAUCAAAUCUAAUAUGUCACAUGAGGAUUCAUACAGGAGAGAAACCAUAUCACUGUUCAGAGUGUCUAAAAGAUUUUUCAGAAAAAUCAAAUCUAAAAAUACACAUGAGGAUUCAUACAGGAGAGAAACUAUAUCACUGUGCAGAGUGUCUAAAAGAUUUUUCACGAAAAUUAGAUCUAAAAAAACACUCAAGGAUUCAUACUGGAGAGAAACUAUAUCACUGUUGAGUCUGUCAACGGGUAAAAGUCUGGAUGUAAAUUAAGUUUAGUAAAGAUGCAUGAAGCUAUAUGUAGAAAAACAAUAGCAUUACCCUUAGUGACUACACAAUUUAAAUGUAGUUAUUCUUAAUAGUUGACAAAGUACAGUAGCAACAGAACCCAUUCAGUGACAAAAGGUAUUAGAGUAGAGAUAUUUCCUACCAUCCUAGAUAGACCGAGUUUUGGGCUGAUUUUUGUUGCUAUGUGGAACUUUGUCCAAAGCAGAUAUGUCCUUCUUAAAGCUAAAGUCUUCAUUCCUGGAUACAACUCUCCAAAUGGUGGAGCAUCACAGACUUGUACAGUUGAACAACUACAGUAGAACCUUGGGUUUCAAAUUUUUUAGUUCUUGAGCUCAAUUUCUUCUAAAUGUUUCGACUCUGUGCUCGAGUUUGUUGAUACACAUAUGGGCCAACCGAGCACAUGGCGCACUUCAGUUUACCAGUGCCUCCCAACUAAUGACGACCGCACUUGAAUUCUUUGUGAAGAAUUAAAUUGUUUUUGUGCUUUUUUGGUUUGUGAACAUGAAAGUUCUUAUUAUAUAUCAUGCCAUGGGUUCCAAGAAAGUCAUUGGUAAAGUUCAACCUAAUAAAUUAGUUGUGAGGAUGACGAUCGAGGAAAAUCAAAGAGUUCAUUCAUAGUGAGACAAUGUGAUGUCUCACUACAGACAAGUGUUUAAACAUAGGGAAAAACAAGUGUCUAUAGACAGAUUCUUAGUAAGACAAGCAAGCAGUGAGCCACAACCAGGUCUUAGUGGUAUGCAUGCAAAAUUUGAGAGAGAGUGUACCCCAGAAAUGUCAUCUCUGCUGUUAUAAUGGAAGGGGACUCCCUUUCCAAACACUAACACCUCUUCUCCUACCCCCUUCCUGUCUUCCAUACACCAACAAGAGUCCUCAAUAUAGGUAAGGUACCUAUGAGUAUUAUUCUCUAUAAAAUGUAAUUUUUAGUUAAUAUUUUUGGCGGUGUAGAACGAAUUAAUUAAAUUUACAUUAUUUCUAAUGGGAAAAUUAAUUUCAGUUUUCGAAUCGUCUCUGGGAACAGAUUAAAUGAAAAAAACUGAGGUACCAUUGUACUUUCUUUUCCUUAUGGUCAAAGGAUCAUUUGGCUUUUCCUAGGAUUUGGGUUCUUCUUUGGGGGAGCCACUUGUGGCUCACUUGUGGUAAUGUAUAUUAUACAGGUAACAUUUAUAUUAAUCUGAUUAAUUUCACCAGAAUGUGUGUUAUACAGGAAACAUUUAUAUUAGCCUGACCAGAAUGUGUAUUAUACAUGGAAUAUUUAUAUUAGCCUGAUCAGACUGUGUAUUAUACUUGGAACAUUUAUAUUAACCUGACUGGAAUUUGUAUUAUCCUGGUAACAUUUCUUUCAUGGUAGUAUCCUAGACUAGGCCUAAUUGCUAUUAUUAUUAUUCAUGUAAUUAUUUAUAAACAAUUAUCUAGAAGGAUAUUUACUUUUAAUAAAAAGUGAUAUCAAUUUAGAAAUAUAGCUCUUAAGUUUAAAUGUUGACUAUAUAGGCAUAUAAUCAUAAGCCAUAGGCCUGUGUGUUGCCAGGUAUCUAACUUGCCAAUAUUGAUUUAAUUCAUCACCUAAUUCACACAUCUUAAAAUAAAGGAAGUGAAGUCAUAUCAUUCUAUCCUGGACCAUUAUUUAAACUAGAUAAUUGUCCAUAAUGGACUGAAAUGUUAAGAUUUCUUGUAUAUCAGCUGUGUAGGUUGGGUGUGUAAUUUUCAGCCACGUUAUGGUGACUACCCACCUACUUGGACUGGACGGUACAGCAGUGUUCCCACUUCUUGCAGGUCAGCGUUCAAUCCCUGACUGCCCAAGUGGGUGGUUAGGCAUCAUUCCUUUCCUCCAUUUUAUUCCAAACACUUAACCUCAUAUUCCUUCAAAGUGCUAAAUAGUUUUAAUGGCAUAGUGCUUUCUCCUGAUAAUUACCUGACCUUACCUUGGUAUUUGUACUUGAUUUACAGCUGAAUUUUUAUUUUGAUGUAUGUGAAUAAUAUAGUUAUUGUUUAAUUUAUGUUUUUAGAAUAAAGCAUAAUAAUUGGUCUUUACUCAUGGCCCUUUAAUUAUUACAUUGAACUUGACUGUUAUCUCAACAUAAAAAGUCACUGUAAGUGCAUUCUAUCAAUUAAUAAACAAAUGUGCUUAA